AAAUAAAUAAAUCCACUUCUCUCCUGGUUUUUUGUUUUUUGUUUGGAGUGGGCAAAAAAUCUUCCGAAACAGGGAAGAACAAAUUUCAAUUGAGAGUUUCCGAUCUCAUUUCUUAAGGGUAUCACAGAAAGGAACAGCUCUAGCUUCCCCUUACUGAAGUAUAGCGCAAAACUAAAUUUCAUAUAUUUAGUGAUGGAGACCUGUUGGAUCACACAGCUGCUGCUUGUCCUAGUUGCUUCGUUGGUUUUUGUCACAGCAAUUCCGGAAGAACCACUGAGCAAUAUGACAGAAGAAAUGGUAGCAGAAGAUCACAAUUCACUAGGUGUAACUAAAAAUAAAAUCAUGACGGCCCAGUUCGAAUGCUACCAGAAAAUUACACAAACUUCAUAUGAGAACGAAGGUCCUCAUUGCAAUAGAACAUGGGAUGGCUGGUUGUGCUGGGACGAUACUGCUGUGGGAGAAACAGUAGUGCAGAACUGCCCGGAUUACUUUCAGGACUUUGACCCCUCAGAAAAAGUUUUCAAGAUUUGCGAUGAAAAUGGACACUGGUUUGUACACCCUGACAGUAAUAGAACAUGGACCAACUACACUAAAUGCAGUUCAGGAGUAAUUUCUAAGCUGCAGACAGCUCUGAAUUUGUACUAUCUCACUAUCAUUGGCCACAGCCUUUCCAUCGUUUCUCUUUUGAUUUCCCUUGGGAUAUUCUCGUAUUUUAAGAGCCUGAGUUGCCAGAGGAUCACUUUGCAUAAAAACCUCUUUUUCUCUUUUGUUUGCAACUCCAUCGUUACAAUUAUUUGUCUGACAGCCAUUGCCAACAACCAACAGCUGGUUGCGGCUAAUCCAGUUGGAUGCAAAGUUGCUCAGUUCCUUCACCUAUAUUUAAUGGUUUGCAAUUACUUCUGGAUGCUCUGUGAAGGCAUUUACCUGCACACUCUCAUUGUGGUGGCUGUGUUUGCAGAAAAGCAACACUUACUGUGGUAUUAUCUUCUUGGAUGGGGAUUCCCGUUGAUUCCUGCCUGCAUCCAUGCUGUAGCAAGAACCAUAUAUUUCAAUGACAACUGCUGGAUCAGUUCAGAAACUCAUCUAUUGUACGUCGUCCAUGGUCCUAUUUGUGCUGCUCUAUUGGUGAAUCUCUUUUUCUUGUUGAACAUUGUUCGAGUUCUCAUAACCAAACUAAAAGUCACCCACCAGGCGGAAUCCAAUCUCUACAUGAAGGCUGUUAGAGCCACCCUCAUCCUGGUGCCACUUCUCGGCAUUGAAUUUGUACUGUUUCCGUGGCGACCAGAGGGCCGUAUCGCCGAAGAGAUUUUUGACUAUGUGAUAAAUAUCCUUAUGCACUAUCAGGGCUUGCUGGUGGCAACGAUUUUCUGUUUUUUUAACGGAGAGGUCCAGUCUGUUCUAAGGAGGCACUGGAAUCAAUACCGUAUCCAGUUUGAGCACAGCUUUGCCCACUCCGACGCUCUUCGCUCAGCUUCCUACACAGUCUCCUCCUCCCUGACUGAUGGUCAGAGCUUCACCUACAAUCAUGACUGCAACAGUGAACAUUUAAAUGGGAAAAGCUUUCACGACAUGGACAAUGUCGUUUUUAAAGCCGAAAAGUUGUAUGGUUGAUUACAGAAGACUUUAUUCCCACCCCCAUAAUAUUUUGAGUGGAUGACUACGUGAGCAGAGAGGACUUUUUUUGGUCAAGCUCUGGAGUUGGUUGUUCUUGAAGGAUACAAUGAAUUUCAAUGUCUUUCUCACAUGUGCACAUGCAUUAGCAUAUCUUAGCAUGUGGGUGUUCAUGGUUGUUUGUACACUGGAGCUGGUCAUACCCAUCAACUGAAAUUUGAAACUUCAACUUCUGGAUUCCCCACAUUCAGAGAAAUACUGGUUGAAUUUUUUAUUGGGAUCAAUCAUGCUCUAGCUAUAUGCAUUUAUAUGUUUUGUACAUAUAAAUAUGUUAUCAAGACAGAUAAACUUUGCCUCUUCAGUUUCUACUGUGUAGACCAAGUGGGCAGAUAUUUUGUAUGAAGGGAAUCAAAGAAAAGUUCUGUAUUUUUUCAGCAGUUUGUAUGAUGACUGGGUUGGCUUUGAGGCCAUUUCGUUUGCUCACAAAAAACCCUGUAAAUAUAGUAUUUAUCAUAUUGUGUUGUCUUACGUGCAGCCAACAAGUGCAACCUAAAUAUUGAAAAGGGAUGCAAUAAUUGCAAAAGCGCUCUUCAUGUUGACUGUGCAACAUUUAACUCUGACAAAGAUAGAUACAAAUCCGCAAUAUUUUAAACUGAGCAUGUUGCAAAGCCAUUAGAAAUCUUAGGGCAAGUAUUUUAUGAUAUAAUUUUGACUCUUUUCUUCCAGCUCCUACAGGGAAGCUCUCAUAAGAAAGAAUGGAUUAGCAGAGCCACAUCCCACCAGUCUCUUGCAGGCACGGGGAUCGUGAUGCUUCCGUGGAGUUUCCGUGCUUGCAUGAACUUCCCUUUCCUUUUAAUGGGGGGGGGUCCAUUUUUCCUGUGCAUUGAUGUAACUCUUCCAGUGAAGUGAAUGCUUGUGCAGUAGCUCUGUGCAUACAUUGGAACACAUUGUGAGAUAACCUUCAUGGGGUCUAUACCAGCGGCAAUGGUUGAUUUGUAUUGAAUAAAGAAAUUAGCCACAACUCACCUCAAGGACCUUAGAUAAUCAAUAGAUGAUGAUGAUGAUGAUGGAUGGUGACGAUACAAUUAAUAGUUUCAAGCUGUGGUUUGUCUCCUUAGUCAGAUGUUUAGUUCACAGCACAGUUUGAGAGAUACUCAGCAGCCCAGUCUUCCUGUGGUACAGAAACCUAAGGGACUCUAUACAGAUGGGAAAGGCAGUGACCGGAAAGGUGAAUGAACUUUGCUGACUCUGUGGAAUAGAGUGGGUUUCCAUCCCAUAUAUAGGAUGUGUAUAAGAAGCCUAAACCUUUCAUAGCCGACUCAGCAAAAAAUAAAGUACAAUGAAGUAUCCAGGAGUUUAUAUCUGCAUAACUGCUUACAAUUAUUUGGUUACUAAGAGGGUAUGUAGAAGAUUGAGCGGGGUGGGGGACUGAAUUCAU